AUGGAAAAAUUAAUCGAUCAGAUUUACUGUAAAAAAUCUGAGUAUGACUUAGCCAAAACAUUGUCCAGUCAAGCAACUCAUGUAGCACGGAGAUUAAUAACUGGUGUUUUUAAACCUUCCGGUUAUUUAACCGCUACUUACACUGGCCAAGCUCCACGCGCUCAUAAAUCAGAGAAACCAGAAUUGCAAAUAAAACCGCUCAAUGAAAUUGCGCGAAAUGAAAUAGUUGAUUUUGCUUUACAACUGGCUACUAAUAAGGGAUGGAAAACUAGAAAGGGAGUUCCUCAUACUAGAAGCGAAAUUGAAAGAGCCAUGUCUCAAAGAGUUGGCGAAUUAAAGCGGAGUCAUGAACUCGAGAAGAAAAAUAAUAAAAACCCGACUGGAUAA